AUGGACUUUGACCACCAGCCACAUUACCACGGAGCACCAGCUCCUCUGGAUGGCCACAACCGCAUGAUGAGCUCGCCCAUGGGACGUUUAUCUUACCCUCCAGCCGGGCAGCCACUCCUAUCACCCAGGACCCAUGAAUGGAGCCACCCAAACCACAUGCCCCGUGAAAUCCCAAGGCGAGACCACGGAACAAUGAAUCCCCCGGAAAGCCCGGAGUACUUGAUGGAAAGAAACAUCCAUAGUGGGCGUGCCGAUGAGAAUUCCAGAGGAGCCCUGCACUACCACUCCCAGAGACGGACAUCCAACCGUGAUGAAUUUGAUGGCCCCCAUCAGUUCCUGGAGCCACCUUCUCCACAGGACAUUGCAGCCCAGGAAAAAGAGCUUCCCCAGCUCCCCACUAACCUAGACGCCGGCGAGCAAGACAGCAUUCUCCACAAGGUCAACGACCGCCUAUCACGGUGUGCCUAUGAUUUCAUCGCAAAGUACCAGUUCCGCGUUCCUCUCGAGCAGGAUAAAAGACCCGUGAAAGUUCCCUCCGAUCGCGAGUGGACUGAAUGGGUCCACCUCUUGAAGCGUCUGGCUACUACCCGCCGCAUCCCAGCGCACCUCUUGUACAACCGGCAAAUCAAGCAGCUCAUCACUGUCCUGGAGAACUCCUUGGAGAUGCGCCAUGCUGCCAAGCAUCAGUCCAGGCCGGUCAAGGAUGACCGUAACGUGCUGCAGCUUAUCUCGGCGGGUAUACAGGUCGCGAAGAUCCUGAGGGACUCUACCGCCAUGCACUUUCUCGAUUGUCUCUAUGUGGACACCGAGAAGCUGAUUCUUGAGCGACGGGGUCGGCGGGUGAGGUUCGCGGGUCAUUGA